AUGCGAGGGAAGCGAAAACGAACAAAGCCUCACAGAGAAGGUCUCCAUGCCAAACUGAAACGCUAUGAGGAAUUGUUGAAAUCAUAUGGCGUAGAGUUUGAGCCAUCGGGAGAUUUUGAUGCCUCAAGGUCAGAAACGGCAUCUCAGUCUGAUGUUCAGGUGGAUGAGGACGCUGUCCCUCCAAGCCAACGCUCCAACCUUGAAGAGACUAAACCAAGGCUCAUAAUUGAUAAGGGCACAUCUAGAUAUUUUGAUUGUGCUCCGUGGUCUAACCUAGGAAAUGGACUUCACCAUCCGGAAGUUGGUGAGCCAACUGAUGAGUCAAACAUUCAGGACAAUGAGAUGUUCUUCGAACCUGAACAAAUUGAUAAGCCCGAGAACCUCGCAAACUUUCACCUCUCGCUCCAGACGUUUCCAAAGUUAAAGGAAAUCUACCUUGAUCGAGUUGACCCUAUGAUAAAAAUCUUACAUUUUCCUACUUUCUGGACUGCAGCAAUCGACGGGCUGAGAGAUCCCCAAAACAUGUCCACAGACUUGGAGGCUGUGAUAUUUGCUUUCUACCUUGCGACAAUCUCUACUCUGAAAGAAGAUGAGUGCCAAAAUCUAUUUGGGGCAGGGAAAUCAGUCAUGUACUCUCGCUAUAGACUUGCGGCUCGACAAGCUUUAAUGAAUGCAGAGUUCUUAUCGACGUCCAGUCCGAUAACUCUUCGAGCAUAUGCAUUGUUCAUGACAUGUGUAAGAAAGAGCUACAAAUGUGACACCCUAUUCGUCUUAUCAGGCGUUGCCAUACGGCUUGCGCGCAAAAUGGGGCUCCAUCGGGAUAGUUCAGCUCUAGGACUGUCUCCAUUCGAAACAGAGAUGCGAAGGCGACUUUGGUGGCAUUUAGCUUAUGUGGACUUUCGCCUGGCAGAUGUGCUGGGCACGAAACCGUCGCUGGAUAUUUCCUGCAGUGAUAACCCAAUGCCCCUGAAUGUCGAGGACGAGGACCUCGACCCGGAUAUGGUCAAUCCACCACUGGAACGCCACGGUAUCACCACUAAUACUCCUUGCUUGAUCAAAUACGAGUUUAUGGAGAGUUUGCGUAAGUUUUCAACAUCGUGUCCCAGUGAAUUGCGCUGGGAGGCAAUCUCCAGCCCGGAUAUCACGAUCAUGGAAAAGGACAGCAUGAUUAGUCACAUUGAGGAUCGACUGGAAAUGAAGUAUCUACGGUAUUGUGACCCGUCUGACUCGCUUCAUACUUUCGUAUCAGUCAUGGUCAGGACCUCAAUAUGCAAAAUGAAGCUCCUAGCGCAUAACCCACGACAAUUCGCCAACAAUCCCAUCAAAGUUUCCCAAAACGAUCGCAACAUAUUCUUUGCCAACGCUAUGAAGUUAUUAGAUUAUAUCAUAUUUAUGCAGGAAGGAUCCCAUGGCCUGGAAAAAUAUACGUGGCAUCUUGGCACGAGCGUUCUCUGGAAUGUGAUACUCUACGUGCUCAUCGAAGUUCGGCACCGAAAAACAGGGUCUGACGUUGAUAAGGCAUGGAGACUGAUAGGAACGGUAUUCUCAUAUUACCCUCAAGUGUUUGAAGAAUCCACGGGUCCUGUAUAUACGGCACUAGGCAAGUGGACGUUGGAGGUUUGGGACGACUACGUUGCGGCCUUGAAGGCAGCCAGCCUUCCGGAACCAUGGGCACCCGACUAUAUCAAUGCAAUCGGUCGCUGCCGACGACCAGCAAUAGAGUCGCCAUCCAAAGCCAAGGUUCGAGCGGUGGAAUCUGAACCUACCACUCGGGAAACGUGUGACCCAGACAGAAUUCAAUCUCCGAGCCACGAAGGCAAUCUCGAUGAGGAAACUCUCGACUUCUAUAACUUCCCUAGCCUCCUGUCUUUCGAGAUGGACCCGAACGAAUGGGUCCAGUGGGAGCAGUUAGUUGCAGAGCAGGGCAACUUCGCUCAAGGUAAUAGCAUGUAA